AUGGCCAAAGGCAAUUAUUCAGCAGUGUCUGAGUUCAUCCUCUUAGGACUCACAGAUAACCCAGAGCUUCAAGCCAUUCUCUUCGGUGUCUUCCUUGUUAUCUAUUUAGUUACCAUCAUGGGUAAUCUAGGUUUGAUUGUCCUAAUCCAAAUCAGUCCUCAGCUUCACACACCCAUGUAUUUUUUCCUCUGCCAUCUGGCUUUUAGUGAUUUUUAUGGCACCUCCUCUGUUACCCCAAACACCUUGCUGAACAUUUUGCGUGAAAUCAAAACCAUAUCAUAUUAUGCAUGUGCCACUCAGGUGUGUUGCUUCAUCAUGUUUUCAGUUUGGGAGUUAUUACUACUUUCCAUCAUGGCAUAUGAUCGAUACAUGGCCAUCUGCAACCCCUUACUCUAUGUAGUUCUCAUGCCUAGGAAACUCUGUAUUCAAAUGGUCACUAGCACAUAUAUUUAUGGAGUUUCUGUGGGCGUUGUGCAGGCAGUGGCUACAUUCCACAUGUCUUUCUGUGAUGACAAUGUGGUCAAUCAGUUCUACUGUGAUGAUGUCCCCUUGAUUGCUCUGGCCUGUUCUGAUACACAUGUGAAAGAGCUGAUGUUGUUAAGUAUUGCUGGAUUCAACCUGCUUUGUUCUCUCUUCAUUGUUCUCAUGUCCUAUGUCUGCAUUCUCUUUGCCAUUCUGAGGAUCCACUCUACUGAAGGAAAAAAGAAAGCCACUUCUACUUGUGCUUCUCACUUAUUUUCUCUUACUCUCUACUAUGGGACCUUGAUCUUUAUGUACCUACAGCCCAAGUCAAGCCAUUCACUGGACAAAGACAAAUUUGCUUCAGUCUUCUAUGUAAUGGUGAUUCCUGUGCUAAACCCACUGAUCUACAGUUUAAGAAAUCAGGAGGUAAAAAAUGCUCUUAAAAGACUUGUUUAA